CCCCGGGCCGCAGGCCCCUGAGGAGCGAUGACGGAAUAUAAGCUGGUGGUGGUGGGCGCCGGCGGUGUGGGCAAGAGUGCGCUGACCAUCCAGCUGAUCCAGAACCACUUUGUGGACGAAUACGACCCCACUAUAGAGGAUUCCUACCGGAAGCAGGUGGUCAUUGAUGGGGAGACAUGCCUGUUGGAUAUCCUGGACACGGCCGGCCAGGAGGAGUACAGCGCCAUGCGGGACCAGUACAUGCGCACCGGGGAGGGCUUCCUGUGUGUGUUUGCCAUCAACAACACCAAGUCUUUUGAGGACAUCCACCAGUACAGGGAGCAGAUCAAACGGGUGAAGGACUCGGAUGACGUGCCCAUGGUGCUGGUGGGGAACAAGUGUGACCUGGCUGUACGCACUGUGGAAUCUCGGCAGGCUCAGGACCUCGCCCGAAGCUACGGCAUCCCCUACAUCGAGACGUCGGCCAAGACCCGGCAGGGAGUGGAGGAUGCCUUCUACACGUUGGUGCGUGAGAUCCGGCAGCACAAGCUGCGGAAGCUGAACCCUCCUGAUGAGAGUGGCCCCGGCUGCAUGAGCUGCAAGUGUGUGCUCUCCUGACGCAGCACAAGCUCAGGACAUGGAGGUGCCGGAUGCAGGGAGGAGGUGCAGAUGGAAGGAGGAGGAAGGACGGAAGCAAGGAAGGAAGGAAGGGCUGCUGGAGCCCAGUCACCCCGGGACCGUGGGCCGAGGUGACCGCAGACCCUCCCAGGGAGGCUGUGCACAGACUGUCUUGAACAUCCCAAAUGCCACCGGAACCCCAGCCCUUAGCUCCCCUCCCAGGCCUCUGUGGGCCCUUGUCGGGCACAGAUGGGAUCACAGUAAAUUAUUGGAUGGUCUUGA